AACCUCGCGCUACGUCACAAUACAGCGCUUCAAACAUGGCAGACAAGAGUAGUCAAGGGGACCUCAAACCUGAAGCCCAGUUUGCAAAGAGAAUAUACCCUGCAAAGGAAGAGCUGACGAGGGAACAGUUGCAGUUCAUCCGACAAGUGGAGCUGGCGCAAUGGAAGAAGAAAGCGGGCCAGCUCCGGGGCCGAAACGUUGCGACAGGACUCGCCAUCGGCGCGGUAGUGCUCGGCAUCUAUGGAUACACCUUCUACUCAGUAUCCCAAGAAAAAAUCAUGGAUGAAAUCGAUGAAGAAGCAAAAGCACGAGCUCCAAAGACCGGAGCGAACUGAGUGAAGUGACUCUUCGGGAACUGUCUCACGCACA